AUGGCGUCCGUCUCCGUCGUCGUCUUCAGCAAGUCUCGUCCCUUCCAGCUCAGCGAGUACCUCCGCACCCUCGUCAAGCACGCAGCUGGGGUCGAACUGGACAUUACGGUCCUCGUCAAGGUGGAGGAGGAGUACAGGGAAGGGUACGAGCAAGUGCAGCGUGCGCAUCCUCGAGCGAAGUUCGUAGAGGAGGAGAGCUUCGAACAGCAGCUUCGGGGAAUCCUCCAUGGAGCACGAAGCUCGGUCAUGUUCGGAGUGGACGACGUGCUCUUCUGCUCCUCUCUCCCUCUUGCGCAUGCCCUUCUGGAGAUGAUGAAGAUGUUUGCCGAAUGUGGAGAUUUGUACGACAUUGGUCAUCCAAACCGGCUGGAGGUAAACGGGAACAAGAUCUACAAGGAGGGCUUCACGUUGUGGUAUGAGAGACAGAAAGGAAGUCAGGAACAGGGGAAGGUUGUCGAAGAGAUGUGUGGAGGUCGAGAUUGA